GUCUAGCUACUUUGGAUUAAUUUCAUUGGUCUCAUUUUUUUAGUAAAUUAAAAUGCUUCCAUUUAAUGGUUCUUCUCUAAUAUUCGCAUUUUGAACAGUGAAUUGUGCGUAAAACGGAUUUUUUAUUGAAUUAUCGAACAUAUUAGUAAUGUACUCUUUCGUAGAACGGAAACGAUUCAUUAGCAGACAUAUUUUUAUUUUUCCGGCCCUUCAUAAGAGGUGUAUACUCAUAGGAAUAAAAGGUUAUCAAAUGUGUUAAUGGAGAUUAAUCCAGUGAAUUAAAAUUAAAACAAAUACAGCGUGGUAAAUCGUGUAGUUGGAAAGUGGCAAUUUUUCCCAAAAUAAAUCAAGGCGAAUGAAAAAGGUUGCGCAAAAAUUAAAUCUUUUUGGAAUGUGUUGGUGUGUACAUGGAAAUAAGAAAUAAAUAAGUGUGCGUUAGGACAAACAAAAGGCUGCCCGAUAGAAUAUCAAAACCAUUGCAAAUGGUUUGUGUUUAAAAAAGUGAGGGGGGUAGUAGACCAGACUGAAAGCUUGGCCAGUUUUCCCUUUUACGAGUGCCUAAAAGGCAAAGCAACCUGCUCGUGAGUCGUAAUCGAAAAUGUAGGAUUGUUCAGUAAAACCCCGGGAAAUAAAUCGUUUGUAUUGGCGAGGGCCAGGCGUAUGCUGAUCGAAUCGGUUAAUAGGAUCAGUUGCAGUGUAUUCGAUGGAGAUUAUUCACGUUUGAGCAAAAUGUGCGAAUGCAUUUCUUGGUGGAUAAAUUUCAUUCAACACCGACAGUCUUCGUCUAUGCCUCUGGAUAUCUGUACAACACGCUCGAAAUGAAAAUAGGAGAAAGUAUGGAAACCAACAAUUUAUGCUUUGGUAGCUUUUGGCAGCAUUGGUGAUGUGUAUGUGAAUGAUAGUGAAAAUGCUGUGCCAAGAAUAGAAAAAGCUAAUACGUUAGUGCUAUACCUGGCCAAAUUAAAAUAGUUGUUUGUGACGCAGAUGUGAGGUAGUGAGGUUAAAAUCCAGCGAACAUAACCUUAUAAAAGUGAAAAAAGCGAUUUUAAGGAAUCAACAUCUUCCUACGAUAGACUUUUACAUUGGCAAGGAGUGUUACGGCAGACCAAUAUGGAUAUAGGCAUCGAGCGAAACGAAGGAGGGGCUACUAUUGGUACCCUUUUUCAACACAUUGUCAACGACAUGAAGAACUCCAGUCCACUAUGGGAUGAUUUUAUUGCAAAGGCUACAAAACUGCACGCUUGUUUAAGAGCGGCUAUUCAGGCACUUGCAGCGUAUUUGGAAGCGUUUCAAAAAAUUGCAGAUGCAGCCACCAAUUCCAAGGGUGCUACGAAAGAGAUCGGCACCGCUUUGACACGAGUAUGUUUACGGCAUAAGGCAGUCGAAAAUCGUAUGAAAACUUUCACUGCCGCUAUUAUGGAUUGUUUGAUUGUACCACUACAGGAGAAAUUGGAGGACUGGAGGAAACAUGUAGCUGUUAUUGAUAAAGACCAUGCCAAAGAAUAUAAGCGUUGCCGAGCAGAACUAAAAAAACGUUCCAGCGACACUUUGCGUCUACAGAAAAAAGCUAAAAAGGGUCAGGCCGAUAAUUUGCACAUUCUGGUAGAGUCUUCUAUGCAGGAUGUUACUCUGCGGCGAAGUGAACUCGAGGAAGUUGAACGAAAAUCGUUACGUGCAAUUAUGGUCGAGGAGCGAUCACGAUAUUGCGCUUUUGUAAAUAUGCUACAGCCUGUGGUUCAUGAAGAAUGUGAGGUGAUGUCAGAAUUAAGUCAUCUCCAAGAAGCAAUGCAAUUGAUAGCAAUAGUAACAAAAGAUCCAUCUAUCUUACCGCAAGCAUCUGAAGAGUUAAUUCUAGAAUCGAAAACAAAUAUCAACCUAUAUCCUGAUUCGCCAGGUGGAUCUAAUUCCCAGGGUGGUUGUUCCAAUUCUCUAGGUUCACGCAAAAGUUCAGUAUGCUCAAUAAGCUCAAUGAAUAGUAGCAGUAGUGGAUCUCCAGGACAUCAAUUUCAGCGAUCUUUGUCACAGUACUCUCCAGCGAUUCGUUUGAAACCAGGUGAAUCUAGUGAUAGCGGAUUUUGUUCUUCGCCAGCUUUGACUUCGCAGGCCUCUACACUCGCUAGUCAGUCACAUGCCGUGUCAACUUGGCCGCCACAUACGCAGGAGGGAGCCACAAGUGUCGAUCGGCCGCACACUAUUUCAUCAGCGUACGAAAAAGGACAUCAACGACCCGCGUUGACAGUCUAUACAUUCCAAAACCCAGAAACAAUAUCCGAAAACCAAAAGUCACCUGCUAAUAUAGCGUGUCGGCCGCCACUACCAGUAAGAUGCUCAUCGCUUGAAAGGCCACUAUCGACAGCUUCAAUAAAAAAUUCCAACCCAAAUGUUCCCAGGCAAUGCCCUUCGCCGAUUCCAGCACAUAUUACCAAAGAACAUCCGCAACUACAACCCACCUACGUCAAUAUGACAGAACUGGCAUCAAUGGCUGCUACCAAAGUUACUAACAACCAUAAUAAUAAUGCAACUAAUCAGUCCCCUUCAUCGGCACAAACCCCUCUACAACCGCAAGCUGUCGGGUACCAGCAGCUACAACAACCGAAUUCACCGGUCUUAUCAUCCGCAUCAUCACUCAUAUCACCAGAUUCGUGUGCCACUAAUGCGGUCAGCUCUCCAGAUGUGUCUGCUUGUAGCACUCAAACACCGCACAAUACACCCCAGACAGGAUCACCCGAAACACCCGUCUACAGUGUGAAGAACACAGUGGCCACCGGGGAUGUAGGCGUGCUAGAAAGUGGGUUAUCUUCAGUUGUAGGCGGAGAUAUCCCAAGUAGUCCAAAGCUCACAGCAACAAUCGAUGACAGUGAAAAUAAUAUUGCUUGCAACAAGCCUCCAUUGACAGCAGCUUCUGAUGUCCUAGAUGAUAACCCUGCUCAGACUCACAUUAAUAACCAAUUUGAAUUCGCCACAGAUACAUAUAUCCUUAAAUCUACCGGUUCAGUUCUAGAAAAAACAUCAAUGUUCGAACAACAAAUCAAUAGUAAUCAACACCAGCAGCAAGUUUCGCACAACCCCACGGUGCGACAUGAAAACAUUUAUGGACAUAAAGGCGAGGAUAUUUACAAAAGUGCGACUUUGCUAGCAGCAGAUCGAGAUUCAGAUCGAAUCGACAAAGAAACGAUUGAAGAACUUAACAUUUUAAUCGGUGAAUUAGACUUAUUUCAAAAGGAGCACGAACUGCGAUUGGAAGAGGACUCGCAACCGAUACAGUCACUUAAAAAUAGUCUCAAUUACUCAAACAACAGUGGAAAAUUCUCAUCGGCUAAUAGUGAAUCGACAGGUAGUGAACGCAAUGAUAAGAUCUCUGUAUCAAGUUCGAUGAAUAUCGAUGGAAUGAAUAUGUCACUAAACAGCACUAAUGUGGGUACUGAAUAUCUCUUCCACUGCAGUGAUAGUGAUAUUGCCAAAAGUGAGCAAUUCAAUAGCGAUUCAAUAGAAUACCCAAGUACUGGUUUCGAAAACCCUUCCUUCAUGCAUCUCAAUGACUCGGAAAUAGUCGUAAUGCGUCAAAACGACUUUGUCAAUGUUGAUCCGGAAAACUAUUAUAGCCAAAAUAUGAGCGAAGUCGUAGUUCUGCGAUGCAAGGAUAUUACCAAUGAUUCAGUCAGAGUAGAUGAUGCCUCCAGUAUCGACAGCCAGCAGCGUCUCAGUUCUUUCAAACUCAAUAGUUCUCGAUCCGCAUCGCCAGCGUUAUCGUCCUUUGGUGUUUCUAGAUCACCUACACCAUCUUUCUCGGUGCCACCAAGCAGUGCUACAACUCCCACUAUUACGUCACCACAGCAUAUUAGUGUCCGUAGCAACAGCAGCAAUAAUAUCAACAACAACAAUCAUGUGAUAAAUCAUCCUCAACCACAGCAACAAACUUUGCAGCAAGUCUUCUCCAAUGGUAAUCAGAAAUGUUCGUUGAUGUCAAUCCCUUCAGAUGAACGCAUUAAUAGAAUUAAGCCUGCCAUCACACCGCGACCCGCAUCGUUAACUGGAACCAGUCGUGUUGCCAGGAGAUCGUCUGUGAAUACUGUUAAACCACCACCGCCAGUGCGCCGAAGCUCCAGUGUUACUCCAAAUCCCAAUCUAGGGACUAGUUCUCCAAAUCUUGUCCAGCAGAGUAUUGUGUAUACCUCAUCAGAAAGCUUGCCGCCCCCACCUGCAUAUUUGCUUGAUAGUAAUGCUGGACAUUCUCCGGUUCCAGGAAACGUAGCGGGCACGGUAAAAGCUCUGAAUGAAAUCCGACAUAAACCUGCUAGUCCCAGUGUUUUGCGACGUAUCCCUCAUAAUAUGCCGAAUCAACAACAGUCAUCAACCCUGCAGCAUCCUAUCAAUGUAUUAAGUAGCACGCUUAUACCUGAAUCCAGUACUGCACUGCCUUACACAUCACAAUUUUCUCCACCAAAUUCUGCUUCAUAUUCCACAACUAGUGGUGGUAGCCCUAACAUGUCAGCGAAUCGAACUUCGAAGUCAGUACAUCAUCAACAAGGCAUUUAUGCACAGCCAAAACAGAUUACGAGCAUGUCCAGUUUUCGUGCAACAAGCCCAGGGCCACAAAAACAAAAUAGUGGAUUACUAGCGCAAUUAAAUGCUCGAAUUAAUCCUGGUAAAACUCAGCAGCAGUCAUCCCCCCAACACUACCAAUCGCAGCAGCAACAACAGUCCUACACUUAUACAACGGCGCCUUCGAAUGAAUCGUUAUUUCAAAGAAAUCAAGCGGAGCAGCGUGGUACUCCCAAUAUUGCAAAUCAGCAGCAACCACAAGCAUCAUCUCUGGGGAUCUAUUCAUCAGCUCAGCAUAGCCAAGUUCAACAUCAGCAACAAACUUCGCAUUACCACUAUCACCAACAGCAACACCAUUCUACAUCCAAGAGCAGUGGCAAUCAAAGAGACGAUUAUCAAAACCGUACUAAUAGUGGCAAUGCUAGCAACACCAGUAAUGUACUUGCAAAAACAAGUGCCGGUUUUCUGGAAAACCUAAAUGCAAGACUGGCCGAACAGAGACUCUCUGGAAAAGCGUUUGCGGUGCGAAAUCUCAUCAACAGUAAAGCAUUGCCGGAUCCCCGCAUUUGCCAUGAAUCACUUAUGGAUCAAAUCAAACGGGGUGCGACACUGAAGCGAAAUCGAACAAUCAACGAUCGAAGUGCACCGAAAAUUCAUUAGAAGGGAGUCUACGAAAAUUGAAGCCAAAUAAUCCCUAGUUUCUUUAAGUUGAGGUGAAUAUGUAAAUGUUCCAUGUGCUCGUUGGUUGAGUAUAUCUCAAACCGAUAAUGUUUUAGCCUUCGGUUACUGAGAACUAAAUUACGUACAGAUUUAACGAAAGUCAGCAAAGAAAUUGUAAAAACAUGGAAAAAUACAUUUUGCGCUAGACGAUAAAAUGAUCGAGACGAUAUCUAUGCAUAUUAAGUUCCAACUUCUAAAAAUAAUGACUAACGAAAAGAAGGCAUGUCAGUAAAAUGACAAAGUUACAUAUUUAAAAUGUUAUCUAUUUACUAAUAUGUAUUUAACAACUUGGUUUAAUAUUUAUAAACGUAUUAGCUAGAGAUGCAGGAUAGGAUAUCAUGUCAAAGAGAAAACAAAAAGGUUGAAUGUAGCCUUUACACGAGCCAAUUUUGCAAGUAGGUAUCACUUGGAUACAAAAGCUACUGUUUCUAGAUAAGCAUCUCCUUCAAACAGUUGUACAUGCAUAAAAUGCUUUUAUUUUAGCAAUCUGUCCUUGAUCAAGGACAAUUUUACAAUAACAAUGCAUAUAUACAUAUUAUACUCCUGUAAUUCAUACCAAAGGAACUUUUAUUUCAUUUUUCACUAAACUUUUGAACAAACUAAUGUUUUAGCAUUGAAAUAACAGAACUGAUUCGAAAAAUAUCAUUUUCUCUCUGCGAAACGCAAAGCACUGAACCAACAAAGCUAAAACCACUCUUAUAGGAGUCGUUAAAACAUUAUCAACAAGGUAAGAAGCAAAAACUAUAUCAAUUAUUAUCAACUAUGGUACUGAAGAUAUACAUGAACCUGUAAAUAAUCUGCAUAAACAGGUGAUUUUACCUUCUUGAACGAUAUCUUUAGAUCUCCUAGAAUGAUGAUAAAAAAGGAGAUGAAAACAUUAAAUGUCGUCCAUUAACUUUUAGGAGAACACAUAAUACAAACGUAUGCAUUAUCGCAUUGAAAGCUCAACCGGGAAGCUCUAUAAUAAAUUCCUAACUUUGUCGAUAUUGUGCGAAGAGAAGGACGCAAAAAGGCUGAUUUUUUGCAAUUCAAUUUAUUUAUCAUUCAGUUGUACUUGAGCUCCUUUCGUAUAAAACGUGAGAAGAUAAAAUUUUUGUUUCAAACUUUAUUCAAAAAUUCCUACGCCGCAUCACCCCAUGCGUUAUUAAUCGACCUUCUUUUCCUCAUCAAGGAAUGUUCUGGGAUAAAAAAUCUUACUUUUACUACCUGUUCUUAUAAUUAAUAAGAUCGAAGUGUGAAAGUGGAAAAGAAUUCGUACCGUUGUUUUUUUAUUUUGACUAUCUAUCACGUAAUGCGUCUUCCACGUUGCACAACAAAAUUUCAAACAAGUUUUCCAAAUGUCGACACACAAUUCUUUCUUUCUUGACUCCUAAUUUACUCAUCAAUAGAGGCUAAAUUUACUACAAGCAGAACGUUAAGUUUUCUACCAAUUAGUUAUUUAAUCAAUAUUUAUUAUCAAACUAUAAAAACAAGCGGAGUUUGCACUACUCUACUUUGAUGGAAUCUCGAAUAGCACAUUGAACUAAGUACAUAUUACUAAAGCCAAAAGCUUUAUUUUUGCUUCUCUUGUAUAACUAUUAUGAUGCGAAUAAUGUAUAUAAGUAUUAAGCUACCGACUAGGUUUAUUCCCGGGGUAAUUUAUUCAGUCUAUAGUAAAUCAGCUUUCUUUUAGCAUCUUAACGGAAUCUGAACUGUAAUUCCCAAAGACAAGGAAAAAAAUACAAAAUUCAAACAAACAGCAAAUAAAACAAUAACUACUAGAUAGGUGAGCCGUACGUGAAACUUUACGAAAUAUUAAACACUACUAAGGCAUCACCACGAAUAAUGAUUAGGUUACGCGGCUGGUAGAAAUAUCACAUAUACACAUAUAUAUUUUUAUACAAAACACGAACAUUAUUAGUACGAGCGUUUUUUUCUGUUUUUUCGGGUAGUAACAAUAGUAACGACUAUCGGUGAAAUUAUAAUGUUCAAUUUAACUAUACACUAUGAACGGUAACAUUAUCAUGAAAAUAUAUCGCUGUAAUCUAAAACAAAUAUACUGAAUACA